AUGGGUGGAGUGACGACAGAGGGGCGUAAGAAGUGGAAGCCAUCGAGAGAAGACGUUCGGUACAUGACGCUGUAUACGAUGGGUAUCUGUGCGCUGCUUGUGGUGUCAUUUGUGUUUAUGAUUGGAUGGCUUAAGUCGGUUCGACGGAUUUAUGGGGUAGGUGGUAAUGGAUGGGAACGUAAGAAUUAUUUGAUGGUAAUGAGGGAGAAAUAUUCCCUUGAAGCGAGCGAUGAAUUAGAACGCUACAAAGAACAGUACAAAAAGGAACUUCUUCCUGCCAAAAGAGAUGAACCACCAUCUCCCAAUAAAUCACCUACUUCUCUCUCUAUUAUGAGCUUCCUAUUGGGCAAUCAUCAUCAAGAUACUGGUUACCAUCAUCAAGACGAUGGUUACCAUCAUCAAGACGAUAGUCAUCGUACAGCUGUCAGCCAUCUUCAAAACACCAGACAAAACACGUCUCCCAGGGAAAAAGCAAAAAAUACACGACCUAAUGGUGAUCGUAGCAAGAGAGGUAAUGCCUUCGCUACGACACCACCCGAGGUCCCAUCAUCCCUCUCGCAAACUGGAAACGUGGGCACCCAGAAUCAUACUUCAACUCAUCCGCACAAAUUCAGAAGAUGGCUCAGCCGAAAGGCAUCCGUCCAACAACCACUAACGACUGCCAACAUUACACCCACGAAAUCACCGACCCAGGAUAUUCCCGCUGAUACUAUUGUCGUUGACAUUAAACCGAGCAACAACAAAAAUAACAACAAAACUGAUGGAAUCUCCGGGGUCUCUACCAUCGACGAUGAUGACGAAGUAUCCCGCAAGAGCAUAUCAGACUGGUUUUGA